GCCUCAUCCUCAAUCAUGACGUCUUAAAUACUUUGCCAACUCCUCCUCACGAUACAAUCUUACAACUAAUGAAUCGUGGCCAUGCGACCCCCAACGGCGUGUUUGAACUGUAGAACUUCUAAGCGCAGAUGUGAUCGGGCAGACAACUCUGUAGCAUGUUCCCAAUGCGUUCAACGAAAUUUGCAUUGUCCUGCUGCUAUCACCAGCCCCCAACUUCCAAGAGCAUCAGAAGUUCAGGAGCCUCCGCGCUCGGUUCAGUCAAUCCAUACACAAGACGAGAAGAUGUACUUAGUAGGUCUAUACUUUCGUUUCAUCCACGAUUCCCCUCACAGCCUCUUCCACGAGCCCACGUUCAAAGUCAGCGUUGCGGAAGGCACAGUAUCUAAACCUGUCCUUCUUGCUAUGCUAGGUUUGUCUGCAAGAUUCGCGACAGAUCCUGACGUUGUUGCUCGUGGGCCAAUGUAUCGCGCUCAAGCUACUGCAGCAUUGAAGGAAGACUUGGAGCAUAUCUGUAUUGAGAACAUCCAAGCUUGUAUUCUUGUCGGCAACAACUUCUUUGGUGAAGGUGAUGCAGAUGCUGAGUCUUUGUAUUUUGGACUCGCAAGCCGAAUGACUCAAAUCCUCAAGCUCGGUGAACUUGACGAAAGCGAUGAUGGCGUGAGACGAGAGGUCAAGAGACGCAUAUUCUGGACGUGCUUCAUUAUCGACACUUGGGCCAGUGGAGGCUCCAAUCUAUCGCCACAAUUCAGAUGGCGAACUAAACAACCUCGAGGGCCACUCGACGAGAAUAUGUUCUACCACAUGAGAUCUGGAGACAGAGAUGUCGCAGACUCAGACUGGAAGCCUGGGCUAUGGGCUCACAUGGUCAGACUGGUUGGGUUAUAUGCUCAAAUACAGGAGCUUCAGCAAGAACUAGCGAAUACAGCUGAGUGGAACGAAUCUUUUAUAGAUGAGUCAGUGCAGAGGCUGGAGACUGAGCUCAGUUCUUUUGAAGAGGGUCUAGGUCCUGGGUUAAUGUUCUCAAGGGAAAAUCUGGCUUCUUUUGUCAGCCGUGGUUUAGGACGUGUCUUCAUAGCCUUUCAUCUCGGCUAUCAUCACUACUACACGCUGUUAUUCUACCAAUAUCUCGAUCAUCGCCGACCACCUACAAGAAAUGGCCGCAAGUACGCUAGCUCCUGCAAAGCUCAUGCUGCCAUUGUAUGCGACGUUCUGAAGGCUUCGCGGGAGGUCCCUGGGGCGGAAGCCGUCUACAACAUCGUAGGUCAUGUAACAAUCGUGUCCUCGUCAGUGUUGUUGCACACAUACCUAUUUGGAGAGUCCCAUGAGCUUGAAGAGUCUCGAGACCGGCUCAGUUCAAACCUCGAGUCAUUGGUACAACUACGAAGUUACUGGCCAAGCGUGGAGAUGAUGAUCAAACGACUAGUUGUCUUUCAGAAGAACUGUAUGCAAUCGAUGAACGCAGAGUCUUACCGAUUUGACAAGUGGAUGGUCAAGUUUCUAAUUGCCCAUGCACUUGCUCUUGAAGACAAGGUUGAUGAUAGUUGGUCGGCUGCCAGCGUUGAUGCAACAAGCGGAGAUACGCAUCUAGAACGAGGUCGCAUUACUCAAGCAAUGAUCAUGGAGAUCCAGAACUACGAUGCAGAGGCGAUAUAAGAUGUUCGGAAAUUCCAAUAAUUAAGGCGCAUCACACAGAUUGUUUUGGUUUCUGUGAAGAGUAUAGUGCAGGUGAACCCAAAGAGUAAACUUUUGACAAUGGUCGAAGCUCAAUAUCGUGUAGCUCUUGGCUUAUCGCGACGCGACGCGACGAGAUUGUCAGUGGGGUGGGCAGAUCAGUUAGGGGGUUAGCAUAGUAAGAAUAUGCCGAGCUAAAAAGCCGAAGAUAAACGGAGAGUGUUGACGUAAGUAGGCCAACUACAACACUUCAAAGCCGCAAGCUUAAGCCAAUCAUCAAGCGCCAAAGCCGGAGCUAAGUUCACUACCGCUCAUUGAGCCGAGAUCCCUGUUUCCAAAGAUUCGGGCUCCACAAAUCGGCACUCUGUAUCGCCUCCAAAAGUAAAAUCAGG